GUGGCUGCUGAUUGUUUUUUCAACACAAGAAAUUGAGGGGGGAGGAUAUGCAUAUAUUGACCCCUGUGGGGGACAGGAUUGUUCAGUUUGUCGGUGCUUUCCAGAAAAAGGAUCAAGACCAUCACUUCUCUGGUGGCAAAAAUACGAUGCUCAGUGGAGUCUUACGUGUGCAGAAGGUGAUACUUACAUUGGUAGAGCCAGGAAGACUUGCAAUUUAUCCCAGGCAUCUCAGAGGGGUGGUACUGGAGACCUGACGAAGGGUCAGCCUGGUGAGCUGGGAGCUCAAGGUCCAAUUGGGUCCUUGGGAUCUACAGGACCAGCUGGUCUGCCAGGGGAAAAAGGACAGAGAGGUGAGAAUGGGCAGCCUGGGCCAGCUGGAGAAAAAGGUGAUAAGGGCCCAACUGGAGUCCCAGGAUUUCCUGGUUUAGAUGGUGUUCCUGGAUUACCAGGAAGUGAAGGACCCAGGGGCAAACGUGGUUUAGAUGGCUGCAAUGGCUCAAGAGGAGAUCCAGGAUUUCCAGGCGAAAAUGGUUAUAUUGGACCAAGAGGUCCUUAUGGAAAUGCAGGGCAAAAAGGAGAAAAAGGAAAUUCAGUGUAUGUUUCAUAUUUUGGAAGAGGACCUCCAGGAGACAGAGGUGAUCCUGGACCCCCUGGCAUGCCUGGACCUAGAGGGUCAAGAGGUACAACGGGCCCAUCUGGAUACCCAGGCCAACCAGGCUUGCCUGGUAUUCCAGGUUACCCUGGUUUGCCAGGUGAACAGGGAAAUCCAGGUAUUGGAGUGGAAGGACAAAAGGGGGAGCUGGGUGAUGUUGGACUUCCCGGGCCACCUGGGUCACCACUGUUAGUUGGUCCUCCUGGAGCUCAGCUGUUCAAAGGAGAAAAGGGCCAAAAAGGACUACCUGGGAUAACAGGAUACAGAGGGCCACGUGGACCCAAAGGUAAUCCUGGUUCUUAUGGACGUGCAGGUUUUCCUGGAAUGAAGGGGGAAACAGGAUUUGCUGGUUUUCCUGGACAACCUGGCUAUCCAGGCAUAGAGGGGGAUCCAGGAGAAAAAGGGCCUCCAGGUCCUCCUGGAGCUGUUGGAACUCUACUGCUUCCUAUAAAAGGUCCACAAGGAGAUCCUGGAUUUCCAGGUCCUGCUGGUGAUCUGGGGUCAGUUGGACCAAUUGGUCCUGCAGGCCUGCUAGGAAGACCAGGAGAUGAUGGAACAAGUCUGCCUGGCCUGCCAGGAGUAAGUGGGGCACCAGGACCUCAAGGUUUUCAAGGUGACCCUGGUUUCCCUGGAACAGGUGAAUCAAUCCCAGGAAGACCUGGUUUUCCUGGACCACCAGGCCUACCGGGACAGCCAGGAAGACAAGGCUUACCUGGACUACCCAGUGUAAUCUGUACUGACAGAGGGAUCCCUGGAGAACCUGGAGCCAAAGGUCAGAUAGGCCUUCCAGGAAGAAAAGGUGAAAAAGGAGAAAAGGGCAAUCAAGGCCUCUGCUCAUGUAGUGCUGGUCCUCCUGGUCCCCGUGGUAUGCAAGGACCUCCAGGUACUCAAGGAAAGAAAGGACAAAUGGGAUACCCUGGAAGACGUGGAGAAAAGGGCGAUCCAGGCUUAUCUGGUGCAAUGGGAUCACCAGGGCUCCCUGGGACACCCGGUUCUGCUGGACAACAUGGUGAAAAAGGAGAGAAGGGUGAUCCAGGAAGAGUUAGAAUAAAAGGAAUAAAAGGUGAAAGAGGUCUUACUGGGGUUCCAGGAUUUCCAGGCCAAAGAGGUAAUGAUGGCAGAGAUGGGGAACUAGGAUUGCCUGGGGAAAAAGGAGCUGAGGGCGAUUCUGGAGUACCAUUGCCGGGUGAUAAAGGAUUCCCUGGGGUCCCGGGACUUCCUGGGCUAAAAGGACAGAUGGGAUUGCCUGGUUUGGGGCUUCCCGGCCCUCCAGGAGUCAGAGGUAGCCCUGGAGACUUUGGUGAUACUGGUCAUGUUGGGCCACCUGGUCCAAAGGGCCAGAAAGGUGAGACUGUCUGCAUCACAUUACCAUACCCUGGAAAUCCAGGUCCCCCAGGUUUUAAAGGUGUUGAAGGACCAAAGGGUUUAAAAGGACUCCCCGGUCAUCCUGGACCAAAUGGCUUCGAUGGGCAAAAAGGCCAUCGAGGCAGGCCAGGAGCAGGAAUUCCUGGGCCAGAAGGCUUUCGAGGCAAAGCUGGUGAUCCUGGUGAUGAAGGUGAAAGAGGAUCUACAGUUGAUGGUAAAAAUGGCCCUCCAGGUCCACCUGGCAUAGAUGGUCAGAAAGGUGUUCCAGGUGAUACCACAUAUGGUCCUCCAGGAAUCCAAGGCAACAGGGGACUGCAAGGACCUCCUGGUGCACUAGGAGCAAGGGGACAGCCUGGUACCCCAGGAUUUCCAGGUGCCAAAGGUUUUAGAGGCCCAGAAGGUGAUAUAGGAGCACCAGGCUGUCCAGGCUUCCCUGGUCCACCAUGUGAUGCGGGCUUACCAGGGCCACCGGGACUCAGAGGUGUCAUGGGCCUGCCAGGACCUCAAGGCUUACCAGGCUUUAAAGGUCAGAGGGGAGACAGGGGCCUAGCUGGGCCACCUGGAAUCAAAGGUCUCAAAGGCUCUCCUGGCUCACAAGGUCCCCCAGGUCCUCCAGGCUCCCGAGGACUUCCAGGACUUCCAGGCAAUAAAGGAGCACCUGGUUUCCCAGGACAAACAG